AUGCUGAGCCUACCAGAUUUCACGAGCUCGCGGACGAAAAGCAUCAUACAUGGCUUCCAGGCAUUCAUAAUAUUCCUAGCUUGGGCAAUGACAAUUGCAGUAUUUACACAGCCGGGCAAGGCCGAUGGCAGGAUAGUAUACUAUUUCAUCCUGUGCUGGGCCAGCAUCCCCGGACUGAUAUAUCUGACUGCGGUGCCGAUGUGGCCGCGCCUCAGGAAAUUCGGGAACGUCUUUGCCUUUGCCUUUGUUGACGGCCUCUUUACGUUCCUCUGGUUUGCGGCCUGGAUAGCUACGGCGACAUAUGUCGGGACUGGGAUAGCCGAGGGCGGAAAGAAGGAUAAAGACAACGACAAGGAAAAGGACAACAAGGACAAGAAGUCUGGAUGUGAUGUCUUUGCUUUUGGAAGUCCGACAAAAUGCAGACUGAGCACUGGAACCACCGUUCUGGCUGUGUUUGUCUUUUUAAUCUUCAUCGGCACCACCAUUAUUUCGCUACGAAGCGUAUUGGAAUACCGCCGGACAGGGACAAUGCCAUACGAUGGUUCAGAUCCUACCUUUGCGGCCCACGCUCAAGCCGCAUUCUCUUCAAACCCAGCACACGACUUCGACGAUGAAGACGACAGAGACCCCGAAUCUCGAACAGGCCGAUACCACGGCGGACCCCCAUCCCGCCAAAACGACGAAGAUGCGUACGCUCUUCUACAUAACAGCGAGGUUGACGAUAUGGGUCCCCACGGCAGCCAUCGUCCACCGCCCUCCUAUGAUCCCACUGCUUCAAACGUCAGCAGUCUCCCGCCUAGACUAAGCCCUAUCCCACCGGCGGGUAGUGCCAUAAGCGACUACGACACCAGCUACGGAGGAGCGUACGGUGGCCACCGGUCAGAAGUCUCCGGUGACUACAGCUACAACAGAUAA